CUGAACUAGAUAGUAUGAUAAAAUUACAAUUAGCUUUAGUACCAACUACUUUUAUUCAGUCUUCACAGCUCCAGAAAACACAAGCUUUACAGUCUCAGCAAAAGCAACCCGAUUUCAGUGACUACCUUAGAGUACCAGAUAAAUAUAUAUCAGAAAGACCGCCAGAUAGGUAUGGCAUAAAUUUUGAAAAAUUUACUCAUUGUGAUCUUAUAAACCCAACUCCUUUAGCCAGCCAAAUUAUAGAAUCUUUAGCUAAUGAUCUUUAUAAAAAA